CGGCCUAGCCUCACACACACACCGUAUACCUGAAUACUGACUAAAGCCACAGCUGCUGCUAGCUGCGUGUAAGGUCAUUAUAACUGUUGGCUGUGCUGGUCAUAAUGGUGCGCUGCAUUGUGAAAUAAUACGGCGAAAAAACUGCAGUAACACACGCACGGCCAUCGCCUACAACCCACUCAAAUAUUAGCAGUUGUUUACAAUGGAUAGCCGAUAACUGAAUUGUCGCCAUGCUUUCUCUCUUUUCCUGACCGUGUGUUUAUGGUUUUUAUUAAGUGACCGAGGAGUCCAACUCCCGAAGGUGUACUACACCGAGCCACGCUGUAGGCCAGGCCAUGCUUUCCCGGCGAAUGUUUUGAUGAAACUCGGUCCCGCACCAUGGAGCUUAAAGAUCUGGGAGAACAGGUUUAUGCCGCCGAGGAACUCCGUGAUCGCAGAAUUCGUAAGGGCAAGGCUGAAUACUUGGUGAAAUGGAAAGGCUGGGCGAAUAAAUACAAUACUUGGGAACCUGAGGACAAUAUUCUGGACAGGAGGUUGGUUGAGUUUUUCAACCGGAGGCACAACAGCGAUCCAGGAACCUCAAGUAGCGGCAAAACACCGGCAAAACGUGGAAGGAAAAAGUCAUCAGUGGGUGCCGAGGCUCACGGGAAAUCAGAACUUGAAUCGGAGCAGGGUCCCCGACAACCCAAGCAGGCAAGACGCGAUGUUCCGAGCGAUAUCACCAAGCCCCCAGCGGGGAAGAAAGACCUACCGGUACCCACAGAAACCGACGAAAACUCCAACACCAAAAUCACAGAAGUGGAGAAAUUACCUGGCCUUUUGGAAUCCAAGCUGAAAGAUAAGAAAGUUUUAAGCAAAGUGGACAAGACCAACGCCACCCGGAGGAAGAGCAGCGAAUCGUCAGAGAUUGUCCAACGUAAGACAGGCAAGAAGAGUCCCACAGUGACACUGGUUCGAGAUGGUCUUCUGACCUUACCCAUCCCAACCACAGCAACAUCACCCAAGAGUGCUAUUAAGGUGAAAUCGCCUGUCACAGCCUCGCCACCAGUCAAGAAGAAAAGGAAGCUGGUCAAACCCGUAGAAACGCCCAAGAAGGAACCCCAAAUUGUCGAUACAGAAACUCCAAUCCGUAAAGAUAAACCCUCUCCCGGGCCCGAUCUUGCCAAGGUUUCCCCGACCCUGAAGCCGUUCCCUGAGGACCAGCCUGAAGUGGUGCUGUGCCCUCUAGAGCUGGAGAAGUCCAGGAUCAAGAACCACAAACAAAAGUCCAUGAAGCAGUCGCCAUGGAAACCGCGCCAUCUUCCCGCCUCCGAGGUGUUGGUGACGGAUGUGACGUCACAGGACGUCACUGUGACGGUUCGGGAGUGCACAUCCAUGAAGGGUUUCUUCAAGAAUUGUAACAGAGACAGUAAUGGGGAGAGUGAGAGAGAGGACACGCCCCCUCCGAAGGAACUCAAGGAAGACAAAACGGAAAGUUUGAGUGAAGCAACCGAACCGAUCCAAGUUGAAUCGAAGCUUCCGCAAGAAGAUGUAAUGUAAAAUAUACCAUAUUAUUGAUGAGAAAAAAAUAUAUUGUUUGUGGCGCAAAAUGAAAUGUCUAAAAAAAAAAAAAGCUGUCAAAAAUAAAUGAUUCUCUGAAUUUAAUCAUCAUAAGAGGGAUUAACAUCAAAUUGAAGGAAUCACAAACACCUGAUUUUCAAAUAAUAUGAAUUAAUAUUCAUAUACAUAUAGUAUAAGAUGUAAAGUGAUUUUGAGCAUUAAUGUUGUCAGUGACAUAUCAAAAGUGGCAGUCUACAAAUCAGGUCUCAUACUGCUAAAAACUAAAAAUGUUUCUAUUAAAUUGUAGAACAUUAAAUAUAGGUCGAAUUAUUAAUAUGUUUCUCAGAAAGGUGUUUAAGAGCUCUAUGUAAUAUUAAAUGCGUAUGUAGCCUCUAAGCUUAUGAUAAAACACAAUCAAAACGUUGGAAGAAUUGCAGUGCAAAAAAUGCCAAAGCUUUGCUCGGAAAGACUAACUAAAUGAAAACUCCAAAGUGCUUGGGGAAUUUCCUUUUUUUGUCCAAAUUUGCUUGAUAAUGUCAUAGCUCAUUAUACUACAUUAAUAUCAACUUUGAUGACACAACAAGUAUCCACAAAGUGUGGAGAAAAACUAAUUUAAAGAAUAAAGCUCAGCACAAGCACCCCCCACCCCUUCGAGCGCUCGAAAAACUGGGUUUUUUAAAGUUCUUUUUUACUAAUACACUGUACAUACGUAUGGUAGGUAUUUCUUUUUGUCUAUACGUAAGUGCAAAUUUAUCGUAAUGAUUAUGUUUCUAAAUUCAUGACACAUGAAACAUGGAAAUGAAUGCGAUUUACGGAGAAAUCGUUGAGUACGAAAUAAAUAUAUAAGGCCAGUACAAAUAGCAAUGGAAAUUGUAAACGAGCUAUAUAUUCAACUAAAAAUAUUUGAUCAUUUUUAUCUGUUUCGGAAAUCUAAAACACGAAACAUGGCGGAUUAGAUUAAACUGUCGAAGAACUUAACCACGGCAUGUACACGAUGAGUCAUUAUCUUUUCUGGAAUAUCAUUGUUAGAUUUUUUUGGGAUAUCAAAACAAAGUAAACUUAUUGUUGUUGCAAUUGUGUAAUUGCUUCAACAAAUGUCCAGAUAUUUCGAUAUUUCGGAACUUUUGUGAAAGUUAAGCUGUUGUUGAUGUAUGAAGUAUUUAUCCAUUUCUUAUAAAGUAUAUGAAAUCACGUUAUAUAGAUGUUCGUUUUGUUUUACUUUUAUAUUGCAUGAAGACGGUGAAAGAUGAACCUUGAUGGUAUUUCGGUCGGGUUUUUUUUUUCAAUUGGGUUGAAAGGUGGUCCAGCUCAACUUCCCAAGUUCGAAUGUAGACCAGGGUUGGAACUAGCUGAUGUUGCAUUUUAAUCGUUUACGUUUUGUACAAGUAUGCUGUAAAAACGGUGCUUACAGUGUUUAAACACUUUUUGUACCCACUUUUUUCGCAUGUUUAGGAUUUUUGCACAGUAUGAAAGCCUGAUAGCGCCAUCAGUAAUAACUUAUUUUAAAAAAAAAGGAAAAUGUUAUAUUUUAAAAUGUGUUUUUCUGCUACAGGUGAUACUUUGCCUGUCAAUUAACUUCAAUCCGAUAAGUCAUUUUAUUUACUUUUUAUGGUACAAUUGGGCUUUCGCACGAUGCCUAAACAUGUCACAGAUUCAAAUAUACGGAUGCAAUUAAGACAUGUGUUUGAACUUGGAGUGUUUAGAACACAGUAUACAGAAAAAAAAGUUGGAAUGCGAGUUCUGGCAAAACUAAUAUACGAAAAGUACUGAGCAACAACGUUUCCCGAAAGGGACCUUUUCAUACAAAUAAUUCGCAUAUUCUCAAAUUGAUAUUCCAAGGGAAACUCGGGAAUUUUUUUAAAAAGUUAUUAAACAUUGAAAUCAGUCAUUAAGUUCGCUCACAUAAAUACGAUUGUCCGUAUAACGUUAAGGAACGUGCAGUUGGGAUGUGAGGUGUAGUUGUUUGUAUUACUACACUCAAUAAGAAGUCCAUGAUCAGAUUGACCAGAAUCCGGGUUCUAUAGGGCCUGACACUUCUCCGGGUCAAAUUGACACUUCUUUGACUCAUUUUCCGGGUCAUUUUGACCUGGAUAGACGUGCCAUUUUUACCCUGAAGAGUUUCAUUUUGACCCGGAAAAGUGUCAUUUUGACCUGGAAAUGUGUCAUUGUGACACGUACAAGUGUCAUUUUGACUUAGGAGAGUGUCAUUUGAUCCGGAAAAUGUCAGUUUGACCCGGACAAGUGUCAUUUUGACACGGAAAAGUGGCAGGCCAAAUAGAACCCGGAUUCCAGGUCCAUUCUGGAGUGCACGCUGGUUAUAUUUUCACUAGUAGGACAGUGUGAUGUAACGAAUGGUUGUUGGAAUUGAUCCAAACCCAUGUAUGAUUUUGAACUUGUCCAUUGUUAUAUUCAAACUUCAAUAUUUUCCCCCAUUUUGUUUUGGACGUUUUCAACCCUCUGAAAACACGCUUUUACAUUGGGCCGCUUUUUCGCCCAUUAUAAAUCACACAAGACACGCGGGAAUUAAUGUGGGGCACAAUUAAUUCGAAAAAUGUACAGUAAAUAUUCAACAUAGCUCAAAGUGAUUCUCUUUCGUAUUGCUAUAGAAAAAUAGCAACUAUUUAAAAAAAAUUCUACAGGGUGGUCCAAAAAACGUUUACACUUUUGCAGACGCAGAUUUCCUGGAAUUGGGGAGACAUGUUAAAAUGUUUUCAAGAUAUUCCUAAACUACAGCAGCUUCCUGGUAUUAUGGUGAAAACGGCGCUGAGAAUAAAGCCUAUAUGGUGAUGGCUUAAAGAAAGAUGGUCAAACACCAGUUUGUCCACAUGCAAGUCUGUGAGAUAAUCAACACAAUAACACUGCAAGCACAAAGAACUGCAAUAAUGACUGCCAUAUACGUGAACAAACUAGUUGUUGACCAUUGUUAAAAUGGGCGCUAUUUUUAACGCCGAUUUCACCAUACGACGAAGAUCCUGUAGUUUAGGAAUAUCUUAAAACAAGUUCAACAUGUCUCAUCAAUUUUAAGAAAUCUGCCUCUGAAAAAAGUGUAGCCACGCUGUAUUUUCUCGGUGUAAAACUUUAAUAUCACGGGGAGAGCAACUGGAAUAUUAUAUACGGGGAGUAACAUGAAGGAUGUGUAGGAUUUUCUCAAUUUGAUUUCUUGAUUUGAUUUCGUCCUGAUUAAACAGCAAUCCAUAACGUAUCAAACAAUAGGCCUACUUUAACUUUUCUUUGAGAAGUUGCGGUUUAUAUUUUGCAGCAACUCCAAAUUUUACUACGUUUCAAAGUAUUAUGCUUAGUUUUUUAUUCGUUUUUACUUAUUUAUUGGUAAUGACAUCAAAAUGAUUGGUAUAAUUAUGAGGAAGUGUGUUCCUGGGCGAACGAAAAAACGGUGAUUUUCUUUAUUUUGACUAAUUGCAUCUUAAUCAGCCAAAUGUGAUAGGGAUUAUUGGCAAAAUUGAAUUGUUAUGUCUGUGUUGUAUGAUUGUAAUAUGGUGUUUCCCAUGUAAAAGUGCAGUUAUAAGGACCUAAAAUAUACGUUUGGAACUUGUAUUUCAGUAUACUUCGUACAACAAUUUUUUUAAAAUGUACAACAUUUUGAUACAAGUUUCCAUUUUUAACUGGUAAUUUUCAUCCAUGCCUCAUUGGGUUGUUAGCCACAUCUGCUCUAGCGUGACACUUAGCCUUAUCAUGCAUAACAUGACGGCAUAUAACAAAAUAAUAAUAUUGUCCAGUUCAGUGAUUAAAACGGUGUUCUUAAUUAAUAUUCUUAAUUACUCUCAACUUGCCAAUAUAAAGUUAUUGGAAAUAGUUUGAUAUCAGUGAAGAAAAGUGUAAUUUGAUUUGAUUUAAGUGUGUGGUGGAAAGGGUGUUUGAAUAGGGGCGGAGCCUACCAUACGUCUCGCCUCCUUUAUCAAUGUUGUAGUAGAAUGUUUCCGCAAUUUAUGUUCGAAACGUCAUGUUACAACAAAUGCAUUGAAUUUUAUGAAAGCGAUCAGACCGGAUGAAGGGAACAUUAUGUGAGGUAUUUUGGCAAAAUGAGACGGAACUGACACAGGCUGUAGUGGAGAAAAAUGCAAGAAAUGUAUAGGGGUGAUUUUUUUUUUCGAUUUUCAGAUUUAUUCAUAUUGUUGUCUUUGAUAUGUCUGCUACCUAUAUAUUAAAAAUGUAAUAUAAAAAUCGUGGUAUAAAAUUGUUUCUAUAUGGGAAAAACAAUUGGCAUCUUUCACGAAUACAAAUAUUUUGACGAAAAAAAAACUCGUAACAUUAAUAGCCUUUUUCUCAGUAUUUUUUUUAUUGCCGUUGAUAUAUGCAAAUUUUAAACUGCCAUAACUUGUCAAGGAAGUGCAACAAACAGUAUUGUAAGGAGAAUUUUACUCUUGUUUCUUAAUACCUAUACAAACCCUUAUUUCGACAUGUGCCAAUUUCUGUCUCAUUUUGCCAGCAUGCCUCGCAUAAGCUUCUAUAGUGUUGGCAUGUAAAUGAUGAUUGAGGAAACGAUUACAGAUGGACAUAUUGAAGAUGUAGAGAGGAAUCGCAUUUGGCCUAUAAUGCGUGAUGGAGCGAUUGUCUCCGAAAUACCUUGAAUUUCUCGCCCCAAGCUUUAGCCUUUAAUUAUAAAUGUAUACGGUUAAGAAUAAAUUUCAGCCAUGUGCGCUAAAUGCAUAUAGUAAGAUAAUUGAAUUAUAUCCGUAAAAAAAAUAAGAAAUGCGUAAAGCCCGGUUCAUACUCGGCGCGAAAGCGAAAGCGAACGCGAAUUUGUGACGUCGUGGCAAGUAUUCGCGCUGCGAAUUCGUAAAAGUUGAACAUAUUUCAACUCGGGCGAAUUUCGCAGCGAAUGUUUUAUGACGUCAAAUUCGCUUCGCAUUCGCAUGAAGUAUGAACCGGGCUUUAUACUUACUGUCUAAAGUUUGUUGCGAACUUUAAAUUUUGUAAUUGUAGUUCGUGUGUUGUAAACAUGUACUGCAUUAUAGUGCUGUAAUUUGUGGUUGCAAUAAUUCUCUAAAAAGGUUGUAAGUUAUCCGACGGGAAUACGGGAGUGAAAGGAAGAGUGACUUUGCGUCUCCCGUCAUAAAAAUUGGGCAAGAAAUGGAUGGAAACCUGGUAAAAUAGAACUUGAAAAUUAAAAUUGUAAUAUUUCAGACAUCUUCGUCUACAGCUUCAAAGAUGACAUCUUUAAGUAUAGUUUCAACAAAAAUGUUCAUAAAGGGUAUACCAUUAUACUACAUGUAUGUUGUAAAUCUAAACAUAUGGAGGAAAACAGUUUUGUAAAGUCUGCGAUGAGUUCCGAUGGGUCACAGAUAACACGCGAUUGUCGGUUUGUAAAAUGUUGUGACAAUUGACAAGUCAAUGUAUACAUCUUGGGAGUGUAUUAUGAUUGAAUGGAAAUAUGCAAAUUGGAUGACGACUGAAAGACGAGAAAAAAAAUAAUUCGUAUAUUUUUGAAGUUCUGUGAAACCGAAUGAAAAUAAUGUACAGAAACAGGGAAAGUUAUCUACAAUAAAAGCAACAUACGCCUAUUGAAUUAUUACGUAUAUUAAGAUGGAAAUGUUAUACAAUUUACUGCUGUUAAUUCGAAUUAAUAAAAGGCGAUAAUUAGCCGAAUGUGCGAUUAAAUGA